AGUCAUUGGGCCAGCUGGAUCAGUGUCAUUGGGCCAGCUGGAUCGGUGUCAUUGGGCCAGCUGGAUCAGUGUCAUUGGGCCAGCUGGAUCAGUGUCAUUGGGCCAGCUGGAUCAGUGUCAUCGGGCCAGCUGGAUCAGUGUCAUCGGGCCAGCUGGAUCAGUGUCAUUGGGCCAGCUGGAUCAGUGUCAUCGGUCCAGCUGGAUCAGUGUCAUUGGGCCAGAUGGAUCAGUGUCAUCGGUCCAGCUGGAUCAGUGUCAUUGGGCCAGAUGGAUCAGUGUCAUUGGGCCAGCUGGAUCAGUGUCAUUGGGCCAGCUGGAUCAGUGUCAUCGGUCCAGAUGCAUCAGUGUCAUGGGGCCAGCUGGAUCAGUGUCAUUGGACCAGCUGGAUCAGUGUCAUGGGGCGAGGCUCAGAGAAAGUGCUAGUGCCCAGUGUCUUCUUCAUUGACGAGAAAUCUCCGCGUCAUUGUUCCAGCGGCAACAUGGAGGACGGCGAUAAGCUCCUGGCCCCGCCCCCUUCUUUCGGCAGCCAUUUUGAGAGGACAAUCACUGUUGUCAGGGGCAACCGUAGCCUUGGCCUGACAGUGAGUGCUAUGAAGGACGGCUCAGGGAUGUUGAUCCGGUCAGUGGUCCGUGGAGGGUCUGUCUGUCAGGACGGGCGGCUGGGCGUCGGGGACACUAUCCUGGCUGUUAACGGAGAACCCAGCACCAACCUGACCAACGCUGUGUGCAGAGCCAUGCUGAGGAGACACUCUGUUACAGGUUCAGAUAUGAGUGUGACAUUCAUCCCUUCGUUUCUGGUAGAGGAGCACCGUGCGUCCAUGGCCCAGCAGCCUCUGUCAUCCAUCAUGGUGGACGGCCCCUCACCCUGCCCCCUGACACCCUCCCCUACCCCUCCUGGAGGUCUAACCCCUUCCCCUACCCCCCCUGGAGGUCUAACCCCUUCCCCUACCCCCCCUGGAGGUCCAACCCUUUUCCCUACCCCUCAUGGAGCCCCAGAUACAGCCUCAACAGUCCCAACUCCAGGUCCAGCUACAGCCCCAAGGCCUCAAGGCCCUUCUCUACCCAGACCUGUAGUAUCAGUUACAAGUACAGCUCCAGCCUCAACGCCAACCAAAGGCCCACCCAGACCCCCACCCCCAGACAAGAGUCCGAUCCCUAAACCCCCACCCUCACCCGUACCAAUGAAGGAGAGGAGUGGUUUGGAUGGAGUGAGAGAGGAGGAGAAGAACGUGGAGAGGAAGCGAGAGGAGGAGGAGGAGGAGGUGAGAGAGGAAGAAGAGAGAGAGGAUGAGAUGUUGGUUUAUCCUACUAACCUCAGUUGGGCUCAACCUAGAAGGGUCAAGUUGAUGCGUUCCUCAGGCCAGUCUCUGGGCAUCAGUAUCAUGGGAGGGAGAGGGAUGGGCAGCAGGCUGAGCAGUGGAGAGGUGAUGAGAGGAGUGUUCAUUAAACACAUCACACCAGACAGCCCUGCUGGACACAACGGUACCCUGAAGACUGGAGACAGGAUACUGGAGGUAGGAGGCAUGGAUCUGAGAGAUGCCAGCCAUGAGCAGGCAGUGGAGGCCAUCCGUAGUGCUGGAGACCCUGUUGUCUUCCUGGUACAGACUGGACAACACACAUCACAGUCGUCUCCUGUGCUCUCCAACCAUGAGAGACAAGCCUCAGCAUCACACAGGGGCUCACCGAACAACAGGAUGCCAGAGAGUCACAGUGGUCUGUUCCUUCGUCUCUCCCCCGCCAACCCCUUCACCCCUACUCCCUUUAAGGUUUCCGACAGCCAAUAG